AUCGUCUUCUGCCUCGAGAACUCGUGAAACGAUGGAGCAACAACAACCGGAGAGACGAGAAGGCCGAAGCUUCCCCGAGCGCAAAGGACAGAAGAGAAAGCUAGAGGAAGGAGCAGCCGCCGCCUCAGAAGAUCGAGAGAUCUCCUCUACCUCAACCACCGACGGUGGCGGCGGCGAUUCGAUUCUCAACGAAAUCGCUACUCAAGUCUCCGUCCUCAACUCCGCCUUCUCAUGGCAAGAAUCCGAUCGCGCUGCGGCGAAACGCGCCACUCAAGUCCUUGCCGAGCUCGCUAAGAACGAGGAUUUAGUGAACGUGAUUGUUGAUGGAGGGGCUGUUCCUGCUCUUAUGACGCAUCUACAGGCGCCGCCGUCGUGCAGCGACGGAGACUUGGCUCAGAAGCCGUUUGAACAUGAGGUUGAGAAGGGAAGCGCGUUUGCGCUUGGCCUACUUGCAAUUAAGCCAGAGUAUCAGAAGCUGAUAGUGGACAAAGGUGCUUUACCUCAUCUUGUGAAUCUGUUGAAGAGAAGCAAAGAUGGUUCUACUUCCCGAGCUGUUAACAGUGUUAUCAGAAGAGCGGCUGAUGCCAUCACCAAUCUUGCUCAUGAAAACAGUAGCAUCAAGACUCGUGUUAGGCUUGAAGGUGGUAUUCCACCUCUUGUGGAUUUGCUUGAGUUUUCUGAUUCAAAGGUUCAGCGAGCAGCAGCAGGGGCAUUGAGAACCCUUGCGUUUAAAAACGAUGAUAACAAGAACCAGAUUGUUGAAUGCAAUGCUCUUCCCACGCUCAUUCUAAUGUUAGGAUCAGAAGAUGCUGCUAUACAUUAUGAAGCGGUUGGAGUUAUAGGCAAUCUAGUACAUUCUUCUCCAAACAUUAAAAAAGAGGUUCUUUCUGCUGGGGCGUUGCAACCUGUCAUUGGUCUUCUCAGCUCAUGUUGCCCUGAGAGCCAAAGAGAGGCGGCUUUAUUACUUGGACAGUUUGCCUCGACUGAUUCUGAUUGUAAGGUGCACAUUGUGCAAAGGGGUGCUGUCCGUCCUUUGAUUGAGAUGCUUCAAUCAGCUGACGUUCAGUUGAAAGAAAUGUCGGCCUUUGCACUGGGAAGAUUGGCGCAGGAUUCACACAAUCAAGCUGGUAUUGCCCAUAGUGGUGGUUUAGGACCUUUAUUGAAGCUUCUCGAUUCAAGAAAUGGAUCCCUGCAACACAAUGCGGCAUUUGCUCUCUAUGGCCUUGCCGAUAAUGAGGAUAAUGUGUCGGAUUUUAUCAGGGUGGGAGGUAUCCAGAAGCUACAGGAUGGAGAGUUUAUAGUUCAGGCAACUAAAGACUGUGUCUCCAAAACACUGAAGAGAUUGGAGGAGAAGAUUCAUGGAAGAGUUCUGAGACAUCUGUUGUACCUAAUGCGCAUUCCUGAGAAGUCUAUCCAAAGACGGGUUGCUCUCGCUCUUGCUCAUCUCUGUUCACCAGAAGAUCAGAGAACGAUAUUCAUAGAUGAAAAUGGGUUGGAGUUGCUACUUGGUCUUCUUGGUUCUACGAACACUAAGCAGCAACUAGAUGGUGCUGCAGCAUUGUACAAGUUAGCAAAUAAAUCUAUGGCACUCUCUCCAGUUGAUGCUGCUCCACCUUCUCCAACACAAAGGGUUUAUCUAGGCGAGCAAUAUGUAAAUAAUGCUACGCUGUCUGAUGUAACUUUUCUAGUAGAAGGAAGGAGAUUCUAUGCUCACAGAAUUUGUCUGCUGGCAUCUUCAGAUACAUUUCGUGCAAUGUUUGAUGGUGGUUACAGAGAAAAGGACGCUAGAGAUAUUGAGAUUCCUAAUAUCAAAUGGGAGGUUUUUGAGUUAAUGAUGAGGUUUAUAUACACUGGAUCCGUCGACGUAACAAUUGAGAUAUCACAAGAUCUUCUGAGAGCAGCGGAUCAGUAUCUCUUGGAGGGGCUAAAGCGGCUCUGCGAAUACACAAUUGCUCAGGAUAUAACAUUGGAGAACAUAGGAGGCAUGUACGAUCUCUCAGAAGCAUUCCACGCAAUGUCGCUGAGACAAGCUUGUAUCUUGUUCAUCCUGGAGCAUUUCGAUAAACUGAGCACAAUGCAUGGGCACAACCAGCUGGUGCAGAGAACAAUACCAGAGAUAAGAGAGUACUUUUGUAGAGCUCUAACAAAGUCUACGACAAACCUGCAAGGCCUGAGGCUGUAGAAUGUGGAAGAAGAAGAAGACUGGCACCUAACUAGAGAGGUAAGUAGACAAUUAUAGAGAGAGAAAGCUCGCUAUUAGAAGAGGUCUUUAUGGUUCUGCCCUAUCCUAUCCUGAGUCGUUUUAGUAAAUUUGCUGUGCGUUUGGUUCAUUUUGUAUUGUAUCAAAUUCUCUCUCUUCUGAUCACAAUCGGGUCUUCAAAGAGAUCUCGCCACUUUGUAUCCAAAACACCAUUAUGGUGAAACUUCCACUAUUCAAUUCAAGAUCCACGUCCAAUGAUCAUGUGUUAGAAGUAAGUAUACAAUGUGUGAUGAUGAGACAUGGUCGUGACUAAUGAGUUCUUGUCUAAAUGAUUAAUCAGAUACUAAAAGAG